CUGUGGGGUUGCAGCCGUGGCGGCUUUGCUGGCCGUCUCAGCCUCCUCGGAGACUUGCUUCGCCGUCCGCUCUCCUGGCUCGGCUGGGAGCCUUCCGGAGCCACUGACGAUGAGCUUCCCGGUUCUCCGGCGCGCGUCCUCUUGCGACCGUCCGAGCCCAUUCAUCUAGCGACUGGUCUCCUUUGCAAUUAUGGAUAUCUAAAAUAACUUGUCGGUGUGGAGGGGGAAUCCCCCUCCCCACUCCUGUGGUCGCCUUCUGGAUAAUCCUUCCCCCCCCCCUUGGACAAUAAUACAAUAUUUUGUAGAGAAAAGAAAUGAAGACUUGAACUCUAAAUUUUUAUUGAUGAAAAUAUUUAUUUUUUUAAGUGCCAAGCCUUAACAGCACAAUGAUUCUCACGGCAGCUGUCUGAAACUGAAUAAAAGACCUGGAAAUCAUGAACUUCUUGUGAAGAACGGGUAAAUGAAGAGUGUGUGGUGUGUUUUACAGGGGCUUAUCUUGCAUAGGGGAAGUUGAGUAAAGAGUAAGAUGAGUUCUCUGAUGCCUGACUGCACCUUGAAGUGUCGAUCACUGCAGCAUGCUUUGGAUAUUGUUUCUGUAGUGACCCGAGGAAGCGAAGGCCAGAUCAAAGCCUUCCUCACUUCUCAUUGCUAUAAUGCGGCAACGAGCAAGGAUACCUUUGGCAGGAAUGCUCUUCAUCUUGCAUCUUCCUGUGGUAAGAAAGGAGUGCUAGACUGGCUGGCAGAAACAAAUGGAGUGGAUUUGUUGGUGAAAGACAAGGAGUCUGGAUGGACGGCUUUGCACCGUGGUGUCUUCUAUGGCCAUAUAGAUUGUGCAUGGUCACUACUGAAGCAUGGUGUGAACUUGUAUGCACAGGAUAAAGAAGGCUUGUCUGCUUUGGAUCUUGUAAUGAAAGACAGACCAGGCUAUGUCACUUUCAAGAAUACAGAUCCUACAGAAGUCUACACUUGGGGAAACAACAUAAAUUUUACUUUGGGGCAUGGUGGUCAACAGAGUAAACAUCAUCCUGAGUUGGUGGAUCUCUUUCCUAGGAAUGGUGUUUAUGUUAAACAGGUGGUACUCUGUAAAUUUCACUCCGUGUUUCUUUCCCAGAAAGGGCAUGUUUACACCUGUGGACAUGGACAAGGAGGACGCUUGGGUCACGGUGAUGAACAGACUUGCUUGAUUCCUAGACUGGUGGAAAACUUGAUGGCUCAUCAGUGUUCCCAGGUGGCAGCAGCUAAAGACCAUACACUUGUGUUAACAGAAGAUGGAUGUGUUUACAGCUUUGGCGUCAAUACUUUUCAUCAGCUGGGUGUUCUUCCUCCCCUUCCUAACUGCAAUGUUCCCAGACAGGUUCAAGCAAAAAAUCUUAAAGGAAGAGCAGUGAUUGGUGUCGCUGCUGGCAGGUUCCAUACAGUACUGUGGACCAAAGAAGCAGUAUACACAAUAGGGCUGAAUGGGGGACAACUAGGAUACUUGCUAGAUCCUAAUGGAGAGAAGUGUGUAACUUCUCCUCGCCAAGUUUCCGCUCUGCAUCACAAGGACAUUACUAUGUCCUUUGUCACUGCAAGUGAUGGUGCCACAGUUUGUGUUACUGAAAGAGGAGAUAUCUAUUUGCUCACCGACUAUCAGUGCAAGAAGAUCGCUUCCAAGCAACUUAACCUUAAAAAAGUUCUCGUUAGUGGAGGCUAUUUAGAGUACAGAGUAGAUCCUCAACAUCUUAAAGAAAAUGGAGGUCAGAAGAUUUGUAUUCUUGCAUUGGAUCAAGCUGGAAGAGUGUUUUGCUGGAAAUCUGCCAACAAUCCUCUGAAGCAGUGCCGAUGGAUUUAUGGACGCCAAGUCUACAUGUCUGAUAUUUCUUUAAAUAGGAAUGAAAUGAUGUUUGUUACACAGGAUGGUGAAACUUUCAAAGGAAAGUGGAUGGAUGGGAAUAAAAAUUCAGACAAGAAAGAGAUUGUGUCAAACCUUCAAAAUCCCUCAAAUGAUGACUCAUCUUAUGAAAUAAAUAAUGUAUAUGAACAAAUACGACUUGAGAAGCUUGCUUUUGUUCAUAGAGCAGUCAGUGUUACAACAGACCCCAAUGGAUGUAACUUUGCUGUUUUACAGUCAGAUCCCAAAACAAGUUUAUAUGAAAUUCCAAGUGUGUCAACAUCUAGCUUUCAUGAGGAUUUUGGCAAAUUGUUGGGAGAAGCAGAAGUCAUGGACACCAUCCAUGAUGUGACUUUUCAGGUUGGCACCAGGACUUUCGCUGUGCACAAGUAUGUUUUGACAAUGCGCUCUGAUUUUUUCCGGAAGCUCUUUGUGUCAGAUCACAGUUGGCUAGAUCCUUCCGACUUGUACCGUAAAGAUGAAGAUGAUGUUGGUUGUGACCUGUUUGUGAUAGAAAAACUUCACCCAGACUUAUUUAUGUACCUUCUACAGUACAUUUACACAGAUUCAUGUGAUCUGCUGAUUCAUGGUCACAGGCCCAAAAUGAUGUACAAAGAAAAGAUGGAAGAGAACGAAGACACCUUAAUUACAAACUUGAAUAAAAUAACUAUUCAUGGAGAUGUUAAUAAUAAGUCUGCUUUUGAGGUUUACAGAAGUAACCAAGUGCAUAUGGUAAAUGAAAAACAGAAGAGUAAACCAAAAUCCACUUCUAAGAAAUGCAAGGGUGUUGGAGAAGAAGUGAAUCUCAUAAAAAUGUUGCAAGUUGCUGCAAAGAAAUUUGGACUUGGCAAUUUAAGCUCAAGGUUAGAUGGAGUCAGAAUAGAAAAUGGAAGAAUUAAUGUUGCUAACAGAAAAAAUGGCAACAAACCAAAGCUGAAUCAGAAAAAAUUUUCAUACCUCUGUGAUGUGACCAUGAAGUCUAUAGAUGGAAAGGAAUUCCCGUGCCACAAGUGUGUACUCUGUGCAAGACUUGACUACUUUCACAGCAUGUUGAGCAGCUCCUGGAUUGAGGCAUCACGUUGUGCAGCUCUGGAAAUGCCAUUCCCCUCUGACAUCCUGCAGGUCAUCCUGGAUUAUAUUUACACAGAUGAAGCUGUUACAGUAAAAGAAUCUCAAAAUGUCGAAUUCAUCUGCAAUGUUCUUGUGGUAGCCGACCAGCUCCUCAUGUUACGACUCAAAGAAAUCUGUGAGGUAGCCAUUACAGAAAAACUUACUUUAAAGAAUGCUGCUGAGCUUCUGGAGUUUUCAGCCAUGUAUAAUGCUGAGCAGUUGAAACAGUCUUGCCUGCAAUUCAUAGUAUUAAACAUGGCAGCUGUACUUGAAACAAGGGCUCUGGAUGUUUUAAGUGAUGAUGUUCUGAAGGGCCUUUCUGUUUCUUACAGGAAAAUGAUUCCUGCUAUGGUCAGAAGAGUAAUUACACCAUACCAAGAUGGCCCAGAUAUUAGUUCUUUGGAGCCUGUGGAAGGAGAAACCUUUGUCUUCCUGAAAGAAGAAAUAAGUACAGAGCAAGCUUCUCAGGAAGCUCUUCUCAAAAAAGCGAAGGCAAAGGCUAAAAAGAAGCCUCGAAGGCGGUCAGACAGCUCAGGGGGGUACAAUCUAUCCGAUAUUAUACAAAGUCCACCCUCCACAGGAAUAUUGAAACUGGAUAAAACGAAUUCUGUUGAAUCCCUCCCUGAAAUGGUGAUGUCUGAUUCUGAAGGUAGCUAUGUGGGAGUGAACAGUCCCAGAGAUUUGCAGUCUCCUGAUUUCACAGCAGGAUUCCAUGCAGAUAAGGUUGAGGUGAAAGAGAAAAUAUGUGUUUCCAGUGCAGUCCUUCCACAGGCUAAUAAAGAGGUAAAAAUCUGUGAUGGAACAUCAGUGCAAAAAAUCUCUCUUCCAUGCUGCAUUCCUAAUAACAAAAACACUUCUACAAGUUCUUCCAAUUGGGUUAUCAGCUCUUUCAGUCCUGCCAGUCCUCCUGCUAUGGAUUUAAGAACGAUUAUGGAAAUUGAAGAAAACAUGCAAAAAUGUGGAAGCAUGCCAAAGAUAAAUUCAGGUAGACCCACUUCUCAUGGAAGUAAGCUUUCUCAGAAGCAAAGGAAACUGAUUGCUAUGGCUGCUAAGGAUAACAGUCCAGAGAUUGUGCCAGAUGCAGUCAUGCCACUGACACCCCCAAAAUCAGGGAACGUGUGGGCUUCUUCAUUGCAUUCUGUUUUGCCAAAGUCAUUCCGUGAUCUCCUAGUGGAAGAAAAAAAAGUAGUUGGUGCCACUUCUGGUAAAGUUUGUGCAAAAUUAAUGGAGGAUGUACCAGCUCAAAAACCUCUGAGAUGCACUACUGCCACCGCUCUUGGAGCAGAAAAUGGGCAUCCUUGUGAACCAGCACAGUCGGAAAAUCAGAAUCCUUGGUUAGCAGCAUCCUUGGUGAGUCCUGCUGUAGCAACGCCCAUCACAUUUGCAGCGAUUGUAGAGGAAGAACUCCAACAAGAAGCUGCUCUUAUCCGGAGUAGAGAGAAGCCUUUAGCUUUGAUCCAGAUUGAAGAACGUGCUAUUCAAGAUCUCUUAAUCCACUAUCGAGCAGUUGGCAACCCUGAUGAGUUUGUUGUUGUUGAAAGGUCUCCACAGGGGCCAAUAGCAGCUCCAAUGUGGAACAAGCAUUGAUGUAGACUAAUUUGGGAUGUUAUGAAGAUGUGUGCAUUGCAAAAAUGUGGGGUUAUUUGUUGUUUGCAUGGAUCUGGCAGUUCUAAAAUAAGAAUGUGGUAUAGUAAUGUGUGUCCAUUUCUUUUCAUCCUAGUACCUGUUUUGAAAAUACAUCUUCCUUACUAAAUUGCUUUACUAGGCGAUAUACCUUUGCAAGGUAUUUUGAUUAAAAUGAAGUUGGAGACUACAUGGGCUUAAAACUAAGUUUUAAGUUGGAAUAUAGGUGUUUCCUAUAAUAAUUAGCAAAAAGUAUCAAACCAGGUGUUGCUUCUCCAGUUAACAACUGAACUCUCAUAAUCGUGCAUACAUGUUGAAUUAAUGGGACUGAAUUGUCAACCAAAAUAUCGCAAAUUGAGAUUUCCUAAAAAUUAAUAUUUAUAGCUUUUGUGUGUAAUAACAGAAACAACAACACUGUUGUUGCUUUGCUGUCUAUUGAAGCAAUGGUAUCUAAUGUCUGGUAUGCUUGUAUGCCUCUGUACUCUUCUGGACAAUACUCCUAACCAUCAAGCCUUACAUAGGUGGCGAGCCUUUAUGCCAGACAGGCAUUUUUGUACUGGUUUAUGUAUUUGCAUUAUUUUAAGGGCAGCCUCAGAAGAACCUAAACUUCCAUGUGGGCUCCCACCAUAGCAAAUAGAAAGGAGCAGCACCUUUUGGCUUGUGUGGGGCGAAAUGGGAUGGGGGUAGGAACAGCAUGUUAAACUGCAAAGUGUUUUGGCAAAAGAACAAACUAUUCAUCCGACAUCAAAACUAUUCAAACCGAUGACAAUUGCAUUUUGAUAGUUUGCAGUUGUAACUGUACAGUAUUUAGUACUGUAUGUUCAGAAGCCAAUGCCUGAUUGUGGAUGAUUUUGUUCUUGUUGGAAAGUCUUAUAAAAGAUUGUUUGCUAACUCUAGAAAAUAAUGUGGUACUAGUCUGAUGGUGUGUUUGGGAACUGUAGCUAUACUUAUCAGUCAUCUCGGCCUUUAUCUGCUCUGGGCAGUCUGCAGUGAUUUACCCUAGUGAGCAUUCAUGGCCCUGUGAGGGAAUAAUCUUUGUCUGCAUUAAAUGUAGUUCUGUCUCAUGGUGGGGUGGAACCCCAAGAAUAAUUCUGUAAACAGAACUGCAAUAAAGAGAAAAAAUGAUGGAGCAGCACAAGUUACCACAGAAUAAAAAUCUGAUUCAUGUGUUA